CCUUGCGUCUCCGGACGAACUACUCGGUGACUCUGGACGUUCCGACUCUGGACCGGCCGUUAAUACUACCCACACCAACUCGAUUUGGUAUCCAUCGCAGUUGUACGCUGAUUCGAGGUGGUUCCUCUCGUCUGCCCCCGUCGGUUUUCUGUCUCUCGUUGCAGCUAACCAUCACCGCCUAAAGACCGCUUUCGGUGAUGGCGCAUUCAUCUGCACUUGACUUCAGGCUCUGCCCCCCCUUCCCCCUUUUGUAGUGCUACCCUGUCACUGGGGCUUGCUUUACAACAAUAGGGUGAAGGCGAUUGAACUUGAUGGAUGCCACCCCUGAUGCACGGCCUCGCAUCGUGGGUUCGUGGGCCCAUUCACAUCACAUCUACUGCAAACAGGACGCGAUCCCUCUUCCUCGGCUCCGUUGCCUCUCCGAUCGAGCCCCUGAACCGACGCAAGUGCAUCUGGAGGGUCACGGUAGCAGUGUCGAUUUUCACUUGAAUGUCCAAUCGGCCACUGGGCGAUUCGCACAUGGCUCUUGGAAUUCAACGUCCCCCCCUGAAAAGUGUCCAUUGGUGGUUUCCUUUCGACAACCUCUAUCGAUACGCUGUCGACUUGAAGAAGCAAGGCGUGCCGUGCCGUCCCAUCACUCUUUGCGACUGGCAGUCCUUCCCAACUCUUAUCCGCUGGGCGAGUGGUCACAUACAUCUCCUCUGAAGCAGAAUACCGCUCGAUCGAGAACGAUGCUACGGGGGGGGGGGCAUCAGUUGGGCUAGCCUUAGGACGCAAAUACUUCAUCUUCUCUCCAGCAAUAUGGAUGUGACAUGAGGGACGGAGCUGCUGUCUGGGUGAGCUGUGAAAAAGGGCUCCCAUCGUCUGCUGUGUCCCCUCUCCUUUUCACUGUUCCUAAUCAGUUGACAAAUGACAAAGCAGAAAUGAUUUCUCAUCUUCCACUCGUGCAUAAUCUCGCUCCUACGAAGCCGAAAAUGGAACUCCUCGCCAGGGGUACGAUGGUGAGCGACUGUGCUAAAUCCUUCCCGCCUCUCUGAGUCGGAUGGACGCUCUCGAGACCUUGGGAGAUGCGCAACCGUGAAAAAGGAGCGAGGCCGCUGCUCGUCCGUCUCGUCCACCGCGAUGACAAACAUCUCAUUUCGAGGUUCUUCGAAACCCACCACGAGGACUGAUAAAUCCUGCAGCACCUCACUCUGGCUUGGGGCAUCUCAGUUUUCCAAGCCCACGUGUCGUGAUGCAAUCAACCCGACGCAACGGGACAACGAUCCUGACAGGAGUGAGGGGUGAACUUGGCAUGUUGACAAAGCUGGCUGGCUGCCUAUUCAGAAGUGUCGCGAUUCAACGGGGGCGGCGGCUUUGACGCUUCAUUAUUCCGAAAGUGGAGGAUGACUUGGUGAGACUCUCGGGAUUACGGGCAGAUCGCCGUCGGAGCCCAUGUGAAUCGCGCAAUUAUUCUGCUCGUCCGGCCGAUAUAAAGGUGGCACAAAUGGGUUUUUUUCCCACCUCUCACUUAGCACGACUGAAGCGUCAUAGAGAAAACACAGUCAUCACCAGCCUCUCGGGACGAAGCAGAAAAGCAAACGAACAAGCAUCACGCCAUGACGCUGCAGUAUGACCCGGAGUACCAGGCCGUCGUCGCCGCCAACGACCGCGGCCCCGCGCCCGCGCCGUUCAGGGACGCGUUCGACAUCCGCAACUUCACCAACCCCAUGCUGCACGCCGUUCUCCGCGCUCAGCCGACGCCCGAGGACGUCCUUGAGACCAGGGUCUCCUUCGCGUCCCACGACGGCGAGGAGGUCGGGCUCUACCGUUUCGCGACCAAGGACAUGGUGGAGGCGUCCAAGCCUCAGGCCGCUGUGGUCUACGUCCACGGCGGUGGCUUUGUUGCGGGCGACGUCGACAUCUUUGCGCCGCAGAUCAAGCGAUUCGUCGAGGCGUCGGGGCUGCCCUUCUUCGCGGUGGACUACCGCCUCGCGCCCGAGUUCCCCGGCGGCGUCGGCGCCGAGGACGUAUAUCACGGGCUCAAGUACCUCUCGGAGCACGCGGCGGCCUUCAACGUGGACAAGGCCAAGAUCGUCAUGAUGGGGGACUCUGCGGGCGGCGGCAUCGCGGCGGGCGCGACGCUGAUAGCGCGGGACAGGGGGCUGGCCCCUCCGCUGAGGCGGCAGGUGCUGGUGUAUCCCAUGCUCGACGACCGGACGGCACUGGCCGAGGACAGCGCCGUGUUCCCGCUGCUGACGUGGAAGACGCGCGACAGCCUGCUCGCGUGGCGGGCCGUGCUGGGGGACAAGGCCGGGGACCCGGCGGCGGAGGGAGUCUCGCUGUACGCAGCGCCCGGGCGGGCCCGGGUCGAGGACCUGAGGGGCCUGCCGAGGACGUACGUGGACGUCGGCAGCCUGGAUCUGUUCCGGGACGAGUGCGUCGAGUUCGUCGGAAAGCUGGCGAGGGCGGACGUCGAGGUCGAGUUCCACCUGUGGCCGGGGCUGCCGCACGGGUUCGAGAGCGCACCAGGGAUCGGGUGGGUCCGGAAGGCGCUGGAGGCGAGGAACUCGGCGUUGAGGAGGGAGUGAG